AUGGUGCUGCGACUGCUGAUGCGCUACCUGGCCAAUAACGAGCAGCUCAUCCAGCGCAUGGCGGAGAGCUAUCCCAUGAGGCGCGCUGCCCAGUUGGUCGUUUCCCUGAUGUACCGCACCAAAGACUUGGCCAGAGAGCAGGGACUGCACGAGAUGACGCCGGAGCGCUUCAAAUCCUUUGUUAACAUGUUCAAGAACAACGUGCGACAAGAGCUGGAGGGUGUGAAGAAGGAGCUUAAUAGCAAGAAAAAGAACUAGGAUUUAGUAAUUAACUUGGUUAACUACAGCAAUUGUAUAUACGUGGCAAGAUAAAUUUUAGUAAACACAGAUGAAUAAACAUUGAAGCCAGAACAUUAA